AUGCCGCACUACCGCCCCCCGGGCCCGCGGAACCCGAUGGUGCUCGCGUCGCUGAUCCCCCCCAUCGCGGACGCCGAGCCCGCGCUGCACGUCGGCUCGUUCCCGUUCACCGCGGGGAAGUUCGUGCAUUCGCUGCGAAGCGACGACGCGGAGGUCGUGUCGACGUCGUGCGUCGACUUCGUCGGCGUCGCGAAUAAGAUCAUCGUCCCGCACACGUUCUUGGACGCGGUCGGGCCGCUGCUGGACGUCCUCGCGCGCCGCGACGACGGCUCGUUUCGGUGCGACGACGAGGGGUUCGACGUGCACGUCCGCGCGAAGGCGAUCGUGACUCUCGUGUGUUUGAUGGGGUGCGUCGAGGGCGUCGCGCGGCGGAUGAUAGACAUGGGCGUCACCGGGAGGCUCCUGCGCGCGGCGCGGGACGAGGCGGAGAUGGAGACGGAGAAGAUGCGCGAGGAGACGAACAACGCCCUGAUUCAACCGCCGCUCGUGCGGACGCUGCUCCCGCGCGCGCGCCUCGGGAGCGGCCUCGACGUCGUCGCGUUGGAGUGUCUCCGCGCGCUCGCCGCGGACGACGCGCACGCGCGGAGCAUGAUCGAGGACGACACCAGGGACGACCUCCUAAGGUUUUUGCUCCCUCGAUGCGUGCACGGGGACGUGGAGUACGCGCCGAAGUCGCCGUCGUGCCCGGUGAGGGUCGCGGAGUUGUCGUGCGACGUCGCGUCCUCUUUGGCGGCGUGUCGGACGGAGCCGCUUUUGUUUCAGCGGACGUUUCACGCCGCCGCGGGGGUAACGGUCUUCGCGAGGGCGUUAGUCGCCGCCCCGAACGACCGCGUGCGGAUGCACGCUCUGCUAGCGCUGGGCGUCUUGGCCGCGACGCCUGAGAAGCACGAGGAGCUCGUCCGAGUGCCGCUCGCGCCGACCGCGAUACACGCGGCGACGACGAGCGAGAAGGUGGAGGUGAGAGGACUCGCGAGGGACGUGUGGGAGCUGCUCUCGUGCGACAAGCGCGUGGAGCGGUUCCUGAACAACGCGCUGAGGACGGAGAAGGAGCGCGAGCGCAUGGAGAAGGCGGCGGACGGGGGUGGGAAAGAAGAAGGGAAAGAAGAAGGGGAAGAAGAAGAAUCGAAUAGCCCUAGCUAG